AUGCGGCGUUUCUGUUUCGCCGUACUUGCAGGCACGGCUGCCGCCGUGCCUGCACUCUUCACGGAGGCACAAGCCAGCGGCCAGACGUCAUUUUCGGCUGUCGACUGCUCGGAGCAGAUGAACAAGGCAAGAGAACCUAUGGGGUUUCCUAAGUUCACUACACUCAGUUCAUCGGAAUCUUCUUCUCUUAACACCGAAUCCAAUACUACUAAGCUUUGUGCCAGUAUACGAGCGGGUACAGAUCCUGGUGUAUGGCUAGCAGACACUACAGUUAAUUUGUCUGUAGCAGCAGCAAUUCAGGAGUCAGCCGAUGGCGAUUGUGAAGCAGCAACAAAGCAGUGGAAGGGAGCAUUAAAAACAAUAGGGGAUUCUUUACCACCUGCCUAUACACCAGGAAAGGAUAUAUACGAAAGUCUUGAUGUUGUAUCCUUUAUGAGUCUGUAUACACCUAAAGAGGGAGUAGCCGUUACAUGCACUGUCAUACAAUGCCCAUACAAAAGCUCUUCAACAGGAAGCGGUUCUGGCCAGCAAGGGGGCAGCGGUGUCGACAGUGGUGAGCAGGACGGGGGUGACAGGGAGGAAAACGAACCCGAGGAGGUACCCGAUGUGUCAGAGCCCGUUCCCAAUGCGGCAAGCCCCUUGAAUAGAACAAACGCCGACAGUUCAACACCAGUAACAGCAUCAGCAGUAACAGCAGGAGUGGGAGGAGUACCAGCAGCAACAACAACAGCAAAACCAUCUGCAGCAGGAGGGGGAGGAGUAAGGGGAGGAAUGACAGUUCGUCGAUUAGCUGAUAGUGGAGGAGAAGAGCCUUUUAAUGCUCUUGUUUGCCUAUUCAAACCUCAAACACUCACCAAAGGAACUGCACCUUUCAAGUAA